GCUGUCGGCGCAGUAGCAGCGAGCAGCAGCGUCCGCGCGCUCCGGCGAGGGGCAGCAGGAGCUAGAGCCGAGCGCGGACCCAGCCCCGGACCCACCGCCGCCCCAGGCCGCCUAGCAGAGCCCCAGCCAUGGCACACCAGCUCCUGUGCUGCGAGAUGGAGACCAUCCGCCGGGCGUACCCCGAUGCCAACCUCCUCAACGACCGGGUGCUGCGGGCCAUGCUCAAGGCGGAGGAGACCUGCGCGCCCUCGGUGUCCUACUUCAAGUGUGUGCAGAAGGAGAUCCUGCCGUCCAUGCGGAAGAUCGUAGCCACCUGGAUGCUGGAGGUCUGCGAGGAGCAGAAGUGCGAGGAAGAGGUCUUCCCGCUGGCCAUGAACUACCUGGACCGCUUCCUGUCCCUGGAGCCCGUGAAAAAGAGCCGCCUGCAGCUGCUGGGGGCCACCUGCAUGUUCGUCGCCUCGAAGAUGAAGGAGACCAUCCCCCUGACGGCCGAGAAGCUGUGCAUCUACACUGACAACUCCAUCCGGCCCGACGAGCUGCUGCAAAUGGAGCUGGUCUUGGUGAACAAACUGAAGUGGAACCUGGCUGCCACGACCCCGCACGACUUCAUUGAACACUUCCUCUCCAAAAUGCCGGUGGUCGAGGAGAACAAACAGAUCAUCCGCAAACACGCGCAGACCUUCGUUGCCCUCUGUGCCACAGAUGUGAAGUUCAUUUCCAACCCGCCCUCCAUGGUGGCUGCCGGGAGCGUGGUGGCCGCAGUGCAAGGCCUGCACCUGGGAAGCGCCAACAGCUUCCUGUAGUAUCACCGCCUGACGCGGUUCCUCUCCAAAGUGAUCAGGUGUGAGCCGGACUGCCUCCGCGCCUGCCAGGAGCAGAUCGAAGCCCUCCUGGAGUCCAGCCUGCGCCAGGCCCAGCAGCAGAACUUGGACCCCAAGGCCGCGGAGGAGGAGGAGGAGGAGGAGGAGGUGGACCUGGCCUGCACGCCCACCGACGUGCGUGACGUGGACAUUUGAGGGCGCCGCGGCGGGGGAGGGGCCGGCCCGGGCUCCGCGGACAGAGCCGCCCAGGCCCGGCCGCCGUCG